AUGGGUGGAAAGUGCCCGCACAGGAGCGUGAAGAAGCGCCGGUACUCUCACAAAACUGCUCGUCGCACCAAAUUUCUUCUUAAAGGCGACGAUGCUGUUUAUGAUGAUCUUCAUAAAGCUGAGGGAGAGGGGAAACCCUUGCCCGUUGACGAAGAUCUCCCUGGAAUGGGCCAAUAUUACUGUCUACACUGCGAUCGGUAUUUCGCUAACGUGGCUGUGAGGGAUGAUCAUUUCAAGACUAAAAAGCAUAGGAGACGUGUGAAGCAAAUGAUGGGGCCUGCACCUCACACACAACUGGAUGCAGAACUAGCUGCUGGGAUGGGAAUGCCGGAUAAUGGUCCAAAGUUGAUGUCAACCAAUGGCUUAGAGCCCGGGAUUGGCAACUUUUACCUUUUUAAGAUUUUGAUAUCUGAAAUCAUCUAUGCCAAUUUUGCUACAUUACAAGAUUACAUGCCCUCGUGUCAGAUGGAGUUGUGA